ACCAUGGUGGCUUUGUCAAUGGUCCUUGUUUUCCUGCUGGCCCUGAGCAGAGGUGAAAGUGAACUGGACACCAAGAUCUCAUCCCCACAGGAGACCACCGAAUGGGGGGAUCCUGGGCUGUCCCUACCAGGGUCCUGCAAGCCAGCUCCCUCCUGUCAAAAGUGCAUCCUCUCACACCCGAGCUGUGCAUGGUGCAAGCAACUGAACUUCACGGCGUCCGGAGAGGCAGAGGUGCGGCGCUGCGCCCUGCGAGAGGAGCUGCUGGCCCGGGGCUGUCCCCCGGGGGAGCUGGAGGAGCCCCGCGGCCGGCAGGAGGUGCUGCAGGACGAGCCGCUCAGCCAGGGCACCCGCGGCGAGGGGGCCACCCAGCUGGCACCGCAGCGGGUCCGGGUCACGCUGCGGCCGGGAGAGCCCCAGCAGCUCCAGGUCCGCUUCCUUCGAGCCGAGGGAUACCCUGUGGACCUGUACUACCUUAUGGACCUGAGCUACUCCAUGAAGGACGACCUGGAGCGCGUGCGCCAGCUUGGGCACGCGCUGCUGGUGAGGUUGCAGGAAGUCACCCACUCCGUGCGCAUUGGCUUUGGUUCCUUCGUGGACAAAAUGGUGCUGCCCUUCGUGAGCACAGUGCCCUCCAAGCUUCGCCACCCCUGCCCCACCCGGCUGGAGCGCUGCCAGCCGCCCUUCAGCUUUCACCAUGUGCUACCCCUCACCGGGGAUGCUAAGGCCUUCGAACGGGAGGUGGGACGCCAGAGCGUGUCCGGCAACCUGGACUCGCCUGAAGGUGGCUUUGAUGCCAUUCUGCAGGCUGCCCUGUGCCAGGAGCAGAUUGGCUGGAGAAAUGUGUCCCGGCUACUGGUGUUCACUUCAGAUGACACAUUCCACACAGCUGGGGAUGGCAAGUUGGGUGGCAUUUUCAUGCCCAGCGACGGGCACUGCCACUUGGACAGCAAUGGCCUCUACAGUCGCAGCCCAGAGUUUGACUACCCCUCCGUGGGUCAGGUAGCCCAGGCCCUCUCUGCGGCAAACAUCCAGCCCAUCUUUGCUGUCACCGGUGCCACACUGCCUGUCUACCAGGAGCUGAGUAAGCUGAUUCCCAAGUCCGCAGUGGGGGAGCUGAGUGAGGACUCCAGCAAUGUGGUACAGCUCAUCAUGGAUGCUUAUAAUAGCCUAUCAUCCACUGUGACCCUUGAACAUGAACGCUCUCUACUCCCUCCUGGGGUCCACAUCUCUUACGAUUCUCAGUGUGGGGGUCCUGAGAAGAGACAGGAUGAGGCUGGUGACAGGGGCCAGUGCAACCACGUCCGAAUCAACCAGACAGUGAAUUUUUUGGUUACUCUCCAAGCUACCCACUGCCUCCCAGAGCCCCAUCUGCUGAGGUUCCGAGCCCGUGGCUUCUCAGAGGAGCUGACUGUGGAGUUGCAAACACUGUGUGACUGUAACUGCAGUGACACCCAGCUCCAGGCUCCUCACUGCAGUGACGGCCAGGGGCACCUACAAUGCGGGGUGUGCAGCUGUGUCCCUGGCCACCUGGGUCGACUCUGUGAGUGCUCUGAGGCUGAGCUGUCCUCCCUGGAUCUGGAAUCUGGGUGCCGAGCCCCCAAUGGCACAGGGCCCCUGUGCAGUGGGAGGGGAUGGUGCCAGUGUGGACGCUGCACCUGCAGCGGACAUAGCUCUGGACGUCUGUGCGAAUGUGAUGAUGCCAGCUGUGAGCGACAUGAGGGAAUCCUCUGUGGAGGCUUUGGCCGCUGCCAAUGUGGAGUGUGUCACUGUCAUGCCAAUCGCACGGGCAGAGCAUGCGAAUGCAGCGGGGACACAGACAACUGUGUCAGUCCCGAGGGAGGGCUGUGCAAUGGGCAUGGAUACUGCAACUGCAACCGCUGCCAGUGCUUGGACGGCUAUUACGGUGCCCUAUGUGAUCAGUGCUCAGGCUGCAAGACACCAUGCGAGAGACACAGGGACUGCGCAGAGUGUGGCGCCUUUGGGACUGGUCCUCUGGCCAUGAAUUGCAGCCUGGCAUGUGCCCAUGCCAACGUGACUCUGGCUUUGACCCCUAUCCUGGAUGAUGGCUGGUGCAAAGAGAGGACCCACGACAACCAGCUCUUCUUCUUCCUGGCAGAGGAUGAAGCCGGAGGCAGGGUCAUGCUGAGAGUGAGACCCCUGGAAAAGGGGUCAGACCACACCCAAAUCAUCGUGCUGGGCUGUGUGGGGGGCAUCGUGGUAGUGGGACUGGGAUUGGUCCUGGCUUACCGGCUCUCAGUGGAAAUCUAUGACCGCCGAGAAUACAGUCGUUUUGAAAAGGAGCAGCAGCAGCUCAAGUGGAAGCAGGACAACAAUCCUCUCUACAAGAGCGCCAUCACGACCACUGUCAACCCCUGCUUUCAAGAGGCAGAAAGCGCCCCUCUCUGAAGUGGGGAGGGACACUCACUGCAGGGCUCUUCUCUGGGACGGAGGGAAUUGGGGCAUGUGGUCUCUCAGUCAGCAGCUUGGUAGGGGGCUAAUCUACUGCUGAGUGGUCACCCAUACUUCAUUCUUAGAGUGACACCCGAGAGGACUACCUUCUGCGGCAACCUUGCUUCCCUACCUCAGAAGUGGGGGCUACCCCCCCAUGUA